GGAAGGUGAUUACCGCGUCGAGAACGAGCCGGGCGAGCCGGGCGAGCCGACGCAAUAAGCUGCCACGAGAGCCGGGAUCGAGACGCGUAACGCACUCGAUGAAUCGCCCGAUCGCCGCGGAAUAUUAUUGUCCCCGGGUAGUUUUCGGAACGACCCCUCGAAGCAGCGAAACUGGGAGCUCUCGAAUCGUACGGAACGUCAAAGGAGAAGCGCCGAUGCCCGGGGCGAGGUGGAGUCCUCGACGCGUGCCAGGCUGCUGAUCACAGGCACCGCGGCGAGAAGAGUAGGAGAGGGACAGGAGAAUACGGAGAAAGAGAAAGGCAAACGGAGAGAGCGAGAAAGAGACGGAGAUAAAGAACGAGAGUAACUUCAGCAUCGUCUCGCACGAGGGGUCCUUCCGUUCGGGUGCUAGGGGUGUGCAGCCCUGGACGAAGGGUCGCACUCAACUCCUUUAAAGUGGAGCAAACCGCGCAAAAAAAAAGAGGAAACGUUCUCGGGGCGAUGACAGAAUGCCUCCGUCUCGUACAGGACGCGCACACGAAGGACCGCUGUCUAGGAUCACCAUCAGGAUCGGUCCCACUAUCGCCCUACUGCUGAUUCUACUUGAGCAUCGCCGCGCGACUUGCCUAAUGAGCAAUUCCGUGGAUGAUUGGGUGAGUGGCAACGCCGUCAUUUGUAGCGGCAUUCCGGGAUUGACGAAGGAGCAGCGCGAGCUUUGCAACAUAAAUCCCGAUGUUACUGUAGCCGCGAUCAAGGGAUUGCAAAUGGCCAUAUCCGAGUGUCAACAUCAGUUCAUGUGGCACAGGUGGAACUGUUCGUCCCUCACAGUUAGCAGUAGAACUCAACAGAGCAGCGUUCUUCUUCAACGAGGUUACAAGGAAACGGCGUUCGCGUACGCGAUUUCGGCAGCUGGCGUGGCGCACAACGUGGCUCGUGCCUGCAGCAUGGGUCGCCUGCUUUCCUGCGGCUGCGAUCCUUCGAGCUACACGGCUAAAACGCCGGCCAGCGCCAGAGGCGUCCAAUGGAAGUGGGGUGGGUGCUCUCACAAUCUCGACUACGGCAUGGAGUUCUCGAGACAGUUCCUAGACACACAGGAGAAAGCCGACGACAUACAGUCUACGGUGAUUCUACACAAUAAUCAAGCCGGUCGUCUGGCGGUGGCGAAUAACAUGCAAGUGCGCUGCAAGUGCCACGGCAUGUCAGGCUCGUGCGAACUGAAGACCUGCUGGAAGGUCACACCGGACUUCCGGGUAGUCGGCAAGACGCUGAAGGACCGCUUCAGAUCCGCUGUGCUGGUAACGCAGAGCAAUCUGGGCAACGUGAUGCCGGUGAAGAAAAAACCGCGUCGCAACCAAAGGAGGAAGCAAAGGAAGAAUCGCGAAAACGGCAUUUCCGGUUAUAAGAGGAAACCCCGGGACCAGGCCAAGCAGCUCUUCUACUAUCAGAAAUCGCCGAACUUCUGCGAGCGGGAUACAACGAUCGACAUUGCCGGCACCGCCGGGCGCAGAUGCAACAAGACCGGCACCGGCGGCGAUGGAUGCGCUAAUUUGUGCUGCGGCAGGGGUUACAACGUGGUACGGCAGCGACGAACGGAACUGUGCAAGUGCAAGUUUCACUGGUGCUGCUUCGUGAACUGUCAGAAUUGCACGGUGGAGGAGUGGAUCACCGUGUGCAAGUGAAACGGAACGAGGAAUCAGACGGCGAAAAUACGGAAAUCCAAGACUGACAGAAGCCAAUACUUUUGGAUGUUUCCUUUCCUUCCGCGAUCAAGUCGAUCGACGCAUCGAUGAUUUAUAGCGCGGUAAAUUAUUUCGACAUUUUUCGGCGAGCAUGCGAUUCUCCGGAAAAAAAUGCGCAGCGAGGCUAUUCGUUCGCAAGGGUGAAUUAAAGGAAGCAAGUCGGUAGGAUUAAUAAGACGGUUCUUAUUGGAAUCGGGAUUACCCGGCACAAAUUUCUCCUGGGUGAUCACGACGUCAGAAAGCGGCUUUCUCUGCGAACGUAGCGGGAACGUAAUAGUCUUCGUUAGUGAAAUUAAAUCCGAUUUCUACGAGAAGCGAGGAAGCUCUGAAUGCGAUAAUGAUUCCAUUUUUCUGACACGUUAUUGAAAAUUAGAAUGCGAUUUUUAUCAUGAAGCAUUGAAACUCUUCGAAAAUUGAAUUUAAUUCUUCAUCGCGAAAGUAAAAUAGCACGGUAUUUAUGUGUUAUCGAAGAGUUACUUACUCAAUUUUUGCGAUUCUUGGUGUGCCAGAAAACACCGUGAUCUCACUGACAUGAAUCGUGUAUUCUACUUGCGAGCGGCUGAAUUGAGCGUAUUGGAAAGACGUGAAUCAAUCGCGGAGAUCGAAUCGAAUUAGAAGAGGAUUUUCGAAAAUCACUCCGUAAUGACACGAAUCAUAUAGAAUAAUUCGUAGAUUAAGCAAACCUAUAAUUUAUUUAUAACAACGCUCUAUUUAAUUAAUAUUUAAUUUUAACUUUUACAUGAACUGUAACACCUCCAGCACAGUAUUAUUAGACGUGUGUCCUGUUCGACGAUGGACAUGAUUGUACACAACUUAAU